CGAACUCGCCGGGAGCACAUGACCUCUGCCACCGACGGACCGUUCCUCCUCUGCGUCCCUGUAGACGCAGACGAGAGCGUUCGCGGCUCUCAGUACUCCAAGCUGAGCUCUUCCAUCAGCGCUCAUGCUGCCUGCACUCGGUUCCGGAUUCCGUCGCUGAGAGUGGGCAACCUCGACGCGCUCUUUGCUCUGACCGACGAUCUCGGCCGGACGGAUGCUUAUGUCGAGUCAGUGGCGAGAAAGAUUGCCAAGCAAGGCGUCGAUCUUGCAGCAAGUGUGGAUGGCGGCGCGUCGUCGUCAGGGGCGGGAAACGUGCAGCUGUCGGUAGAGGGCGGAUCGAUGCGCGGGUACGUGGCCGAGUUCUCGUGGAACGAGCAGCGGUACACAAGCGUGGGAGAGUCGACGGUGGCGCUGGUGCAGAAGAUCAAGGAUGAUGUUGGGCGGGUGGAGGAGCAGAUGAAGAUCAAGUUUGCAGAGGUGGCCGAGCUCAAGUCGGAGCUCGCGCAGCUGGUGCGCAAGACCACGGGCUCGCUGCUGAUGCGAUCGCUGGACUCGCUCGAGGGCGUCAAGGAGGUCUACAUGUCGACAGCCUUCCUCACCACCGUCUACGUCGCCGUCAGGAACUCGGCCGUCUCUGAGUUUGAGGCCAAGUACGAGUUCCUCGUCAACGUUCUCGACCCGGACACCAUGGAGAACUUCUCGGCUGUCGUCCCGCGCUCGGCCCAGUGCGUCGCCAAGGACUCGGAGUACACCCUGUUUUCGGUCUACGUCCUUGCCAAGCUCGCAGACGACUUUAAGCGCGAGGCUGCCGCCUCCAAGUUUGUCGUCCGCGAGUUUGACGCUCCGCUCGCCGACGACGACGCCGUCGGCGACCUGCCCGACGCCCGCAACGCCCGUGGCUCGCUCGAGGAGCGCCUUGUCCUCAAGCAGCGCCGCCUUGCCCAGUGGUGUGCCGCAAACUUUGGUGAGACCUACAUCGCCUGGGUCCACCUCAAGGCCAUCCGCGUCCACGUCGAGGCCGUCCUCCGCUACGGGCUCCCGGUCUCGUACCUCACCCUCCUUGUCGAGCCGCGCCGCAAGGCGGGCACCAAGCUCCGCGCACACCUCGCGUCGCUCCUCGGCCACCUCGGCGACGGCGCCACCUUUGGUCCAGGCGAUGAGGCCGACGGCGACUCGUUCUACCCCUAUGUCUCGGUCGACCUCUCCUACGAUCUCCCGUAAAACGUGGCGCAGAUUGUGGACGCGGCAGAGUAAAAGUAAGGGUCCUUGGGCCAAAAA